ACGCUUGCAAAAUUCUGGACGGCCCCUUCUGACAGAAACCAAAUCAAAUCAUGACACCUAGACCAACGAUCGUGGCGAUUGCUAGCUUUGCUGUGCUAGCUGUUACUUUCGUUCAGGCGCAACAGUCUGGAUACGGCCAGUGUGGUGGUGCAAACUGGACUGGUGCAACGAGCUGCGUGUCUGGAUGGACUUGUACUUUUCUCAACGAUUACUACUCCCAAUGCCUACCAUCCUCUACAACUCUUACUACCUCGUCUCAUUCGACAACUUCGACAACAUCUAGCACGGCAACGAGUACACCUACUAAUACAAAUGGUGGAAAAUUGAAAUGGUUCGGUGUGGAUGAAUCAUGCGCAGAGUUUGGAACAGCGAUGCCUGGAACAUGGGGCGUUGAUUACACUUUUGCAAAUACGGCGACAAUUGGUGAAUUUAUCAACCAGGGUUUCAACAUUUUUCGCAUUCCCUUUGCCAUGGAGCGGAUGGCACGGGGCUCCGUUGGCGCCACUUUAGAUAACGCAUACUUGACCAACUAUUCAGUUGCAGUCGACUACAUUACCAGCAAUGGAGCAUAUGCAGUACUAGAUGCCCACAAUUAUGGCAGAUACAACGGGAACAUAAUCACUGAUACCAGUGCUUUCAAGACGUUCUGGUCCAAUAUGGCAACCGCUUUCAAGAACAAUUCAAAAGUGAUUUUUGAUACGAAUAACGAAUAUCAUGACAUGGAUGAAUCCCUCGUCUUUGACCUUAACCAGGCUGCAAUCGAUGGUAUUCGCGGCUCUGGCGCGACAACGCAAUACAUUUUCGCUGAAGGAAAUAGCUGGACCGGAGCGUGGACAUGGAAUACCACCAAUGACUCACUCAAAAAUUUGAAAGAUCCUGAAAACCUACUGAUUUAUGAAAUGCACCAAUAUCUCGACUCCGAUGGAUCUGGCACAAGUGCGACCUGCGUUUCAUCGACAAUCGGCGUUGAGCGUAUCGAGGGUGCAACGGCUUGGUUGAAGGCAAAUGGGAAGAUUGGUGUCUUAGGGGAGUAUGCUGGCGGACCAAACUCAGUGUGUCAAGAAGCGGUUACUGGAAUGUUGGAUCAUUUGACAGCAAACAACGAUGUAUGGUUUGGGGCUGUUUGGUGGGCUGCUGGUCCUUGGUGGCCGUCGUCAACUUGGUCGAGUAUUGAGCCACCAAGCGGUCAGGCUUACGUGUACUAUGAUAAUAUCUUGCAAGCUUACACUCCUUGAGUGGUACCAUUCAUAAGACUGAAAUAUUUGUUCUAGUUAACACCUUUUCUA